CCCCAAGUAGCAACACAUCUUGUGUUGACAUGGGCGCCGUUUAUUCCACUCCUAAAUAGAAUUACACACAAAUAAAACACUGCGUAGAUUAUUUUGUCGGAUUUAGUAUUCGUUUCGGAUAUUCUAAUGUAUAUUCAUGUAAUUUUAAUGCAUAUUCAUUAGGUCUUGCGCUCUUUGCGUGGUGGCGUCACAGGUAACGUCACGUGGUGAUUCCUGUUGAGACCGCGCGUAACAUCUCACGUUAAAGACUUUUUGUUGAAUACGGUUGCAGUUAGCUCAUUUUCUAGAUAAUCGUUUUUCGAAAAUUAUUAGUUUACGGAAUUUAACUUCGUUUUUGUUAUGACGCACUGCGCUAGUGGAUGUCAUCAAGUCGUUUAAUUUUGUAAAUCUAAAGCCAUUAGUUUAAAUUUGCUGGUGGUCAAUGAGCUAAGCGAAGAGAACUCAUCGUCUUCAUCGAUGGCUGAGAUCUACCAGAAGAAAUAAAUCGCACAUGAUAUCGCGGCUUUAUUUUUAGAUAUCGCGAUGAUCUGAGCGUCGAAAAAUUCGGUGCUUUGGUUAAUAUUAGAAGUUUGGCCACAAUACGAAUUUGUAAAAAAAUUCGAUGGCAGUUCACCCCUCGGGUGUUUGGUAGCUUAUUUGUCGUCUGUUAGAUUUAAAUCAAAAGCAUCUGGACUCGAUUUGAAGACGUUUCGUCUUUCAUUAGAGUUACUCCAGAAGGUAAUUUGCUGGAAAGCUAACUAUAAGGCAACAGUAAGAAGAACCCAACUUUGUGGUGCCACUCAACCAUGUUAGGUGUUAUGGAUAAUCACCAAGAUACGGUCCGAAAAUGUAAAACGGAGCCUUUGCCUCCAGAAGGUAGGAAGAGGACUGUGGAGGAUUUCAAUAAGUUUUGCAGCUUUGUCCUGGCCUAUGCUGGGUACAUUCCACCUCAAAAAGAAGAAACUCCAGCUAAUAAAAUCAUUUAUGGUGAUUUCCAGGAGAGUUCAUGGUCUCCUCCUUCUCCAUGUGCACAUGGGUUGUCUGAGCUCUCUGGUGAAGAGUCAGUAAAGGACAGCUGGACAGGCAGCCAAUCCAGCCUCAACAACAACAUCCACAACUUUGUCUACAAAGAUCAAAAUGACAGCAGUAGUACAGAGUUCUGCCAUUCUCAAUCGGACAGCUCCUUAGACAAGAUGAGACUGAAAGACUCUAUGAACCAGAUCCAUCUUCACAGCAAAGCUGAGAGGAAGAAGGUGAAGAAACUUAGCCGGUUGUCUUUCGGGGGGGUAAGAAAAGGCGUGUGUGGUGUCUCGGAGGCGAGAGCGCAUAAACAAUCCAAAGUGGGGCUGAAGAAGAUAAAGAGAUCAGUAAAGGCUGAGAGACACUUUACAUGCACAAGCUCUGUGAAUGAGGGGCUUGGAAUGGAGCAGGGGCUGAUGGAACAGGCUGUUGACAUGCAAGGGGCAGCUCUUAAACUGGAGUCCAAUCAAGAAACAGACGUGAGUUCCUGCGAAACUGACACAUUGGUGACAGAUGAGGAUAUUAUGGUGGAGUCUGGUGAUGAUUCAUGGGAUUUGAUUACCUGUUAUUGCGGAAAGCCUUUUGCUGGUCGACCCAUGAUUGAAUGUGACGAGUGCUCCAUAUGGGUCCAUCUCUCCUGCGCUAAGAUUAAGAAGUCGAACGUACCUGAUAUUUUCUACUGCCAUCGAUGCCAGGACUCUCGGCGCUCCACAGUCAAAAGAGACAACUGAUAAUGAGUGUGUGGGUACAGAUCUUGUGUGUGUUCGAAUGGAUGGGAGGGGUUCUCAUACCUGUCCCUUUAACAUUUAUUUUUCUGAUCACUAUUAAUUAUGGUUUCUAUUGAAUUUUAUAUAUAUAUAUAUAUAUAUGUGUGUGUGUGUGUGUGUGUGUGUAUGUAUAU